GGUAGUAUUAUCGACUUCACGGAGUAAACUCGAACUACGAUUUUCGAUAAUUGUAUUGAAGGAAUGAAAUAUCGAUUUAGUCGUUUGAACUACACGUGCUGUUUAUUUGUUAAAGAUGAAAAGAUUUGUUGAAUGUUAUUGAUGAAGAAAAUUUUACGAUUUACUUCAUUAUUAAUAUUAUGCAAGGGAUCUUUUUUAAGGAAAUAAUACCUCCUUGUGAGCGUCCUAAUAAACAAUUGGAAAAAAUGGUACCACUUGGGCCUUCACCGAGUCAUCAGUCGUCUGUUAAUAAUUCGUCUACUACAUCUGCUACCGGAACGAAAGGUAGUUCAACAUUGAAGCCAAAUUAUACAUUGAAGUAUACGCUAGCAGGUCAUACUAAAGCUGUGUCAUCUGUCAAGUUUAGUCCUAAUGGAGAAUGGUUAGCAAGUUCUUCUGCUGACAAACUUAUUAAAAUUUGGGGAUCUUAUGAUGGAAAAUUUGAGAAAACCAUUUCUGGUCAUAAACUUGGUAUUUCCGAUGUUGCCUGGUCUAGUGAUAGUAGGUUGUUAGUAUCUGCUUCUGAUGACAAAACAUUGAAAAUAUGGGAAUUAAGUUCUGGAAAGUGUUUAAAAACGUUAAAAGGUCAUAGUAAUUAUGUCUUUUGCUGUAAUUUUAAUCCUCAAUCUAACCUUAUAGUUUCGGGAUCGUUUGACGAAAGUGUACGCAUUUGGGAUGUAAGAACUGGAAAAUGUUUAAAAACACUUCCAGCUCAUUCAGAUCCAGUAAGCGCAGUGCACUUCAAUAGAGAUGGUUCUUUGAUUGUUUCCAGCAGUUAUGACGGUCUUUGUCGAAUUUGGGACACAGCAUCAGGACAGUGUUUAAAAACACUGAUAGAUGAUGACAAUCCUCCGGUAUCUUUUGUAAAAUUCUCACCAAAUGGAAAAUAUAUCCUAGCUGCUACAUUGGACAAUACAUUAAAACUAUGGGAUUACAGUAAAGGAAAAUGUCUAAAAACAUAUACGGGUCACAGGAAUGAAAAAUAUUGUAUAUUUGCCAAUUUUUCUGUCACAGGAGGAAAGUGGAUUGUAUCAGGCUCUGAAGACAACAUGGUAUACAUAUGGAAUUUACAAACUAAAGAAAUAGUGCAAAAAUUACAGGGACAUACAGAUGUAGUACUAUGCACAACAUGUCACCCAACAGAUAAUAUUAUAGCUUCUGCUGCUCUUGAGAAUGAUAAGACCAUCAAACUAUGGAAAAGUGAUACAUAAAAUAGAUUCUUUUUAUUCAUUAUUGAUUUUGCCUGUACAAAAUGUGCUUUUAUAUUAUAGAUAUCAUUAUAUUAAGUACAUAGAAUUCAAGCUUGAAUCACGCUGUUUUUAUUUUCUUAAACGUUACAAUUCGUUAAGUAAAAUAAGAACUAGAGGUAUAUAUUCAAAAAAGUACAUACCUGUAAAGCGUGUCAUGUGGUCCAUAAAAACUUAAAAUUAUUGGUUGUCUGUAAUUGUAUACUUUUAACUACAUUUUUGAUUUUAUAAUACGUACUUGGAUAACAAUAUUUAACUUAUCAUUUAUUAUUUACAUAAUGAAAAUCAUUUUUGCAUAAGAGUUGCCAUUUAGAUGCGAACAAAAAUUGAGAUGAAAAAAAAUGUAAAAAUAAUUCACUUUUACUUUAUAUUGUUCUAUUUUGCAAUAUGAAUAAUGAUCAGACAGUAUUUAUUUAUGUUCCUUUCUUUCGAAAUGUAAAGUUAAUAUUUUAAAUAAUUAUAAAACAAUUUUUAUUAUCGUUUCGUCAUACCAUUAACUUGACUGAAAGGAAUAAGUUAGUUAAAUAAAAUUAUUUUUGCUCUAACU